ACUAGGUUGCCCCACCACUUCACUCGUGUAUUUAAUAGUUUUAUUAGAGUAUACAUAACAUAGGUAUAACCUCCUCUUUGAAGACUGUUAAAAAUAAAAAAAAGCAAUCGUUCGAGCUUUAUGAGGUAGGUAAAUGGUAAGAGAUUUGUGCACAUACUAUUACAUUUGCUUACCAACGUAAAGGAGGAGGCAAACCCAGGUGUAAUAAGUAUGUAUUAUUUAAUCUGAAUAAGAUCUACAUUUCAGUGUUAUUAAAUUUUACUACAUUAUAUCUUAUAUGAAGUAGAUAAAGUUGAUAUUGCGUGAUCUCGGUAUGUUGCUAAGUUAUUUUUCCAGCAACCUGGGUGGUAGAUCUGACAAAGCAUUUUAGCAAACCCGUGCCCUAUUCCCUAAUUGGUAUACCGUCACGUGGAUGUAGUGCUAUUUAAGAGAUCAUCUGCAGGGACUGGAUCACAACAAUUCUUCAGCUAGAAGCAGUCACAUCCAAAUUUGGAAGUACAUACCAAAGAACCACCAAUCUUCUAAAAUGUCCAAACACACUGCUGACCAUAUUUUCCCUUCGGAGGACGAAUCGUCGGACGGGGUGCAGAUGAAGGUCAAGACAAAGGAGAACAAGAAACGUAAAUCGUCGCCAACGCGCAGCCCCCAGCCGUCUACCAGUAAGAAAGGCAAGACAGUUAUUCGCCCCAUCCCUCCUAUUACCAAGUCUACGGCUCGCGAGGUGUUCGGGAGUGACAGCGACGACGACGCGGUAGACGCACCCGCGGAGAAGAAGCCUCCGAUGAUUUACUCCUAUGUCACACGGAGGCUGGCCAACGGUUUUUCUCGUCAAAUAGAUGAGAAUAAAAAAGGUGCGUUCUACAUAGAACUUAAAGUAUACAAGUGUGACGAGAUAGAGCGGAUUCAACCCGUGAAUAGGUGGCGUCACUCGGUGAUAACAAUAAAAAAUAAAACUGACGAAGAUUCUGAAUCGUGGAGGCACUUGAAUGAAUUCAUUAUAAGUACUAGGCGGGAGUUCAAACGCUGUACUCCAACGUUUAUAAGUUCAUACCAAUAAUUAAGUACCAAUGUAUUAUACUCAAUUAUUGGUAUGAGAUAUUAUAUUAUAAUCAGUUAUUUUAUAACAUAUGUAACCAUAAUCAUAAUAUUACAUUAUUAUAAUCUACCUUAUAACCUACAUUAUAUUCAGUGAAUUAGUUUUUAAGUUUUUUUUUUUGUAACCCACUAUUUCUUAAUUAAAGUAUUCAGUACGAUUAAAAUGUGUUAUAUUUAUUUUGUUUCCAGUUACACAAGCGAGUAAUGCGAUACCAGCAAGUUCAGAUACUUAUAAUGAUUUAUACGAAACUAAGAUCCCCGAACAUGAAUAUGAAACGAAUGUUAUUGAGACUAAUUGUUUAUUAAAAAGAUAUUGCGAGAAAUGUAAAAUUGAGAUCCCCGAACAUAAAUACAGAUACCAUAAAAGAACGAAUAUCCAUAAAUCAAAUUGUUUAAUAAAGUCAAAUUUUGAAAAUGUUGAUAUUAUAGCAACUGCAUUUAAAAACAGGAUUCUGACUUAUCGCUUAAAUCCAUCUAUAGAAAAUGAGUACCUCACACCAGAGGCGUUCUUAGAUGAAAAGCGAAAAGAUGUUUCUAAUAUAAUUAAAAUGUUAUUAAUGAGACAUAACUGCAUUAAAGUUAAUUUCGAGCUGUUUGCUUACUUUUUACUGCCUACGUUAGGUGAGCAACAGCUUAAAUCAUUUAAUACUAAAUAUGAAAUUAUAUAUAAUAAUACUGAUUUUGAUGACAUAUAUUUGAAUGUAAUAGAAACAUUCAAAAGAAAAUUUA